CACACCACCACUUUUCACUUUUCACUCACAUGGACACUAGCUUAUACAGAGCAGCCAUGGAAGGCAACACUGAAAUCCUCAACCAAAACAAAAACCUUCUCGAAAACCAACUCACCCCAAACAACAACACUGUCCUCCACGUCGCAGCCCAAUUCGGGCACAUCCAGUCUGUCAUGGAGAUCCUAAAUAUGUGUCCCUCCAUGUACCGAAAAGUAAAUUCACAAGGCGACACUUCGCUUCACAUUGCAGCAAGGGAAGGACACUCCACAAUAGUCCGAGCCCUGAUUGAAUACGCGAAUGCGCUCGAUGAGGAGCUUGAGAAUGGGGUUGGGACGGCCAAGGACAUGAUGAGGAUGAGCAACGAGGUGAAAGACACUGCCUUGCACGAGGCUGUGAGGAAUCACCACCCGAUUGCAGUCCAAUUGUUGACACAGGAAGAUCCUGAGUUUUGUCAUCCUGCUAAUAAUGCGGAGGAGACUCCACUUUACGUGGCGGCAGAGAGAGGGUAUGUUGGAUUGGUGUUUGUGAUCUUGGAGACUUGUACAGUACCGGCCUAUGGUGGCCCUGGUGGUAGGACUGCUCUACAUUCGGCUGUCAUUCACAACCUUGAAGGAUGUACACGGAAAUUGCUACAAUGGAAGCCAGCCCUAAGCAAGGAAGCAGAUGCAUAUGGGUGGACACCGCUUCACUAUGCUGCACGCUUUGGUUAUGUAUUGAGAGCGAGAGACCUACUAAACGCAGAUAAAUCAGUUGCAUACAUUGCAGACAAAGACGACAAGAAGACAGCUCUUCACUUGGCGGCUAGCCAAGGCCACGUACGUGUAAUCGAAGAGCUUACAUCACACUGUAUGGAUUGUUGGGAGAUAGUUGAUGGCAGAGGCCAGAAUAUGCUUCACAUUGCGGUGAAAUAUGGAAAAAAGGGGGCAAUCAAAUUUAUCUUGCAAAAUUUCCCCUUGAGCAGUCUUAUAAAUCAGAAAGACGUUGAUGGGAACACACCUCUUCAUCUGCUUGCUGCUUCUGAUUGCUAUGAGGCCGGUCUUGUAAAGCACCCUAAGGCGGACAUGAUGGCCUUCAACAACGAUAGUUUGACUCCUCUGGACGUAGUCUGCAGCAACAAAAGUGUUGAACCGUGGGGUUUCACCAAAAGAAAUUUUACAAAUGCGGGUGCUAAUCUGGGUAGGAGAGAUGUAUUCAGCAGAGAUAAAGAUGAAAUUGUAACCAAAGAGAGACAUCAUGUCCUUGAAAACGUCCUACCAAUAGAUAUCAGAAGAUCAGCAGACACCCAUUUGAUAGUGGCCGCGCUCAUAACAACAGCAACAUUCGCUGCUGGUUUCACCGUGCCAGGCGGCUACGAUGCCCGCCAAGGCCUUGACCAUGGCACGGCAAUUCUAGCCAGAAAAGCAGCUUUCAAAGCAUUUGUCAUUACGGAUUUUAUGGCCAUGAUAUUUUCGACCACUGUCAUGUUAAUUUACUUUGUUGUGGCUGGUGCUUCAGAUAGAGAUAAGUUUCUUAGGCACUAUGCCUCAGCUUACUAUCUCAUUGUCAUUGCCGUGGGAGCAAUGGUGCUUGCAUUCAUUACAGGGAUGUAUGCGGUGCUAGCGCAUUCAUUAGGCCUUGCAAUUGCCUUGUGUGUUAUCGGUUGCCUCUCUUUUCCUGUUAAUUAUUUCUUACUUAGGAAAGCAUGACGUAAAUCGCACAACUCUUGAAAGAAUCAAGUGUAUAGAUUCUGAUUAUUGCUGUAAAUUAGACCUUAAUUUUUUUGUUUGGGCUCCUGGGAAAGCCUUUGUCUUCGUUGUUGUUAAACAGAUUCGCUUCGCAAUACGUAUAGCAUUGGGCAUGAAGACACAGACAAGUCCAAGGGUUACAAGUACUUCGAAAACAAUAAGAGUAUUUUAGUAAUGGCUACGCCACGUGAACGAAAUAACGUGGUGUAUGUGACUCAUUAAUUAUAUAUGCGGUGAAAAGCGGUACUGAAGUUUGAAGUGACCAAACACUCAACACCUCAGGUUACAAGGAUUACAAGUUCUUCAAAAACAGUAGAAGUUGUUGGCUGCGUAUUUUGUAUAAGUCAAUUACAAUUUAACGCGUGCAGAAUAAGGGCAAUACGGGAAGACUAUUCAAGUUUUCGAUCUUAAUCGUACACGUGGCAGUUAGUAUUGGUUCUUACAAGAUUUGCGUAGCACUGGAUCAGUAAAGAGAU